AUGCCGCCGUGGAACGCGGUAAACAGGUUGCAGACAUCCCACGACUCCGCGCACCCGCACAACGCCGCCGCCAGCUCUUCGAAAUCCUUCCCCGCUCCCGCCCUCCCUCACACGCCGGACCCGACACCUCCCUCGUCCGUCCCUACUUCCAUCCCCAACUCGCCCGAGUACGUCGAGGCAGACUUGAAAGGCAGGCACCACCGCGGCGGAAGCAUGGACAGGGUCAAUCACGGUGGUCCCGCCAAGCCAGGGAGAGCUUCGCGCUCGCCGCAAAAAAGGAGGGCAGUCGCUCCCGUCGGGUACAUCGACUCAUUUGACGAUUUCUCCGACCCGCCUGAAUCCGCGUUAAGCGCGGUGCACGAUCCCGUCGGCUUUCCCUCGUUCCGAACGAACGGCUGGACGCAGCAGUCUCCGUCCUCCGACGUCGAGGAGGACAGCGUCAGGUUCGGUCCAACCACGAGGAAGACGACGACUACGACCACAACGACCCUGCGCACCGAGCGCCGCCAGAUUCGCUACUCCUUCCCCUCCGCCUUGCAUGCUCACGAAGAGACCCGCUCGGACGCCUCCACGCCACGGCCGCGGACCCGCUCGCACACCAGCCGCCCGCAUGUAUCCUUCGCUCCAUCCUUCACGCGCUCGUCGAGUACCGGAUCAUCGAGGACUCGCUCGCCCUCAGGCCUUCACCGCCGUGCGGGCGGAACAGCAGGCGUCCGCCAAUCUCGUCGCUCCCUCGGCGUGUCGGAGUACAUUCAGCACAGGCCCUCGUCGAACACGUUCCCUCGUUCGGCAUCUGCGCCUUUCUUGCACGCGCCGCCCUCGACUCCCGCCACCUCAUCCCCCUUCUUCCGCCGUUCCUCGCUUGCCUCCGCCUCUAGCUUCGCUGUCGAGCGCCGCACGACCAGACGUGAGCGCGAUGACAGCGCUGAGCAUGCGAUCGCCAAAGCCCUGUCAGACUCGACGCUCCCCUUCUUCCGCCCCGUCUUCCAGAGUCUCGCCUUCUUCGUCGUCUCGGCCAUCGCCGCGAUCACCGUCUCUGCCGUCCUCGCCACCUCGUUCAGCUUGACGUUCUAUGACGACUGCUCGCGCCGCGUCGGGCACGUCCAGCGCUCGCUCGGCGGAAGCAUUGAAGGUGUCCGUGCGGGAAUGGGUCGCAUGAUCGGCAACGCGAAGGGCGCGCUUGACUUGGCAGUCAAGGCUGCGGGCGCCAGUAAGGGUAUGGGCGGAAGGCACGACACGCCGCACGGAGACGACAGUGGCAGGACGGCGAUGCCGACGGUCGAGGAGCAGCCGGACAGCGAUGGCGAGCCUGUCAAGCGUCGCAAGUCGAGGCGCAGGACGAGGCAGACUGAGGCGGAGCCAUCGGCCGGCUGGGCGUUCAAGGCGUCGCCACCCCCGCCCGCUCCGCUUGGAACGCCAGGCUCGCGCGAGGAAGGCGAGCUUGCAGAUGCAGCCGGUUGGGGAACAGACGAUGACGCCCUUCCCUUCGACGUCCCUCACCCGACUCCUCGCCACUCUCGCCCCGCUUCGCCACACCGCUCGCGCCAGGCUAGCGGGACCGCCUCCGCCUCGACUCUUCCCCCUCGUCCGCCUCUCGCCUUUCUCAUUCCUUCGAUCCUCUUCGCACUCGUCUUCGCCUUUGCGAGGGUCGUCGCUGAGGUCUGGAAGGGCAAGAACGCAGGAUCGCACGGUCCGUCUCGUCCGUCGUGGCAAGGCGCGAGGGCGUGA